CCGCCUUGGCCUCCAAGCCAGAUUUUCUUGAUUUUCCCCUCCCUCUUCCCCCUAUAAAUCCUCCCAGUUCUGCAUCCCUCUCCCUUCGAUUCUCCUUCCUCUCUGUCAAAGAGAGAACAUUGUGGCACAAUAAAAAGAAAAAAUCGCAAGAACCUACUUGGGUCUGGUUUAUACUUAACGAAUAAUCUGAAGUAACAUUUUUUGGGGUUCCAUUUUUUGCCUGAAUUAUCGUCGACCGUUCUUCGUCAGAUUAAUUAGCGGUUGAAGGUUGUGUUGGGUUGAUUCUUGUGGUUAAAAUUUCGACUGUCUGGCAAUUAGGGAUAUUAGGAAUUUCACAUCUUCAAAUCAGAAUAUGAGCUUUCCAGUACAGCGCAACAGAAGAGAUAAUCGGUCAAGGAAUAGAACUACUAGUCCUGUUCAAGGUGCUCGACGUGAGUGGGUCCUGCGUGGUCCGGCUCCCAUUGCCACCACCGCUGCUCCCACUCCCACCACUGCCGCUAUACCUCCUACCAAUUACAGCCCUGCGGUGGCUGCUGAUGAUGUGAUUAGAAAUGGAAACAAUGGGGACCAGAAUGGCAGGUCAGUUCCACCUGCUAACAGGACCAGGAGCACUUCAGGAGCCAGAUGCAUUAUGCGUCAGCAUUCGAAUCAGAGGAGGGAGCGGGAUAAAGAGAAGCAGAGGGAUCAUAGUAGAGAGGUAAAAGGGUCGAAGGAUCUUAACUUACCUUUACUUGUCCAAGAAAUUCAGGAUAAGUUGAUGAAAGGUUCUGUGGAGUGCAUGAUUUGUUAUGAUAUGGUAAGGAGGUCUGCACCAAUCUGGUCAUGUUCUAGCUGUUAUUCUAUUUUUCACUUAGCAUGUAUUAAGAAAUGGGCAAGGGCUCCUACUUCAGUCGACUUGUCAGCAGAGAAGGGUCAGGGGUGUAACUGGAGGUGCCCUGGUUGUCAAGCUGUACAGCUCAUGUCCUCGAAGGAGAUUCGGUAUGUUUGUUUUUGUGGGAAAAGGCAGGAUCCUCCUCCUGAUUUGUAUUUGACUCCCCAUUCUUGUGGAGAGCCUUGUGGCAAGGCACUUGAGAAGGAAGUUCCUGGUUCAGGUAUGGCAAAGGAGGAUCUUUGUCCUCAUCUAUGUGUCCUGCAAUGUCAUCCUGGUCCUUGUCCUCCUUGUAAAGCUUUUGCUCCGGCAAGGUGGUGCCCCUGUGGGAAGCAAGUAAUCACUACAAGAUGCUCUGAUCGAAAGUCUGUUCUUACAUGUGGACAGCGGUGUGAUAAGCUUCUUGAUUGUGGGCGUCAUCGUUGUGAGCGGACUUGCCAUGUUGGUCCUUGUGAUCCAUGUGACGUGCUGGUUAAUGCCUCAUGUUUUUGCAAGAAGAAGAUUGAGGUUGUGCUUUGUGGAGACAUGGUUGUGAAAGGAGAAAUUAGAGCAGACGAUGGUGUCUUUUCUUGUAGUUCUAUCUGUGAGAAGAAAUUGGGCUGCAGGAAUCAUUUUUGUGAUGAUAUAUGCCAUCCUGGACCGUGUGGAGAAUGUGACUUGUUGCCAAGUAAAAUUAAAACAUGCUGCUGUGGUAAAAUGAGGUUAAAGGAAGAUCGAGAGAGUUGUCUGGACCCAAUUUCAACAUGUUCACAAACCUGUGGUAAAAGCCUGCCCUGUGGGGUUCAUCAUUGUAAAGAGAUGUGUCAUACUGGAGUUUGUGCACCUUGUCCUGUUUUGGUUACUCAAAAAUGCCGCUGUGGUUCGACUUCUCGGACUGUGGAGUGCUACAGAACAACAGCAGAAAAUGAAAAUUUUACUUGUGACAGACCUUGUGGGCAGAAGAAAAAUUGUGGGAGGCACCGAUGCAGCGAGAGGUGCUGUCCUUUGUCAAAUCCAAACAAAUCCUUUUCUGGUGAUUGGGAUCCACACUUGUGCUCAAUGCCAUGUGGUAAGAAGUUAAGGUGCAGGCAGCAUUCCUGCCACUCAUUCUGUCACAGUGGCCAUUGUCCUCCCUGCCUAGAUACAAUUUUCACCGACUUGACUUGCACUUGUGGAAGGACAUCAAUUCCUCCUCCACUGCCUUGUGGUACACCUCCUCCUUCUUGUCAGUAUCCCUGCUCAGUUCCUCAGCCUUGUGGCCAUCCAUCCACUCACAGCUGCCACCUUGGAGACUGCCCACCCUGCACGAUACCUAUAGCAAAAGAGUGCAUUGGUGGACAUGUGGUCCUGAGGAACAUUCCUUGUGGUUCAAAGGAUAUACGAUGUAACAAACUUUGUGGUAAGACGAGGCAGUGUGGUUUGCAUGCAUGUGCUCGAACUUGUCAUCCUUCACCUUGUGAUACUCCUAGUGGAACUAGUAUUGGCUCAAGAGCUUCUUGUGGGCAGCCCUGUGGUGCUCCGAGGAGGGAUUGCCGGCAUACAUGCACUGCUCUUUGUCACCCAACUGGUUCCUGUCCUGAUGUAAGAUGUGAGUUUCCUGUUUCGAUUACAUGUUCUUGUGGGCGAAUAAAUGCUACUGUUCCUUGUGAUGCUGGAGGCAGUGGUGGUGGGUAUAGCAGCGAUACAGUUUUAGAAGCUUCUAUAGUCCAGAAGUUGCCGGCGCCUCUUCAACCUGUUGAAGGUAAUGUAAAGGUGCCACUUGGUCAGAGGAAACUGAUGUGCGAUGAUGAAUGUGCAAAGACUGAAAGAAAAAAGGUGCUUGCUGAUGCUUUUGGUGUUACAACUCCAAACUUGGAUGCACUUCACUUUGGUGAGAAUGCUGUUGUUUCUGAAGUGCUCAGUGAUCUACUACGUAGGGAACCUAAAUGGGUGCUGUCUGUGGAAGAGAGAUGCAAAUAUCUGGUUCUAGGAAGGGGCAGAGGUGGAAUUAAUGCUGUUAAAGUUCAUGUCUUUUGCCCAAUGUCAAAGGAAAAGAGAGACAUUGUCAGGUUAAUAGCCGAAAGAUGGAAACUUUCAGUAAAUGCUGCUGGUUGGGAGCCAAAAAGAUUCAUUGUUCUUCAUGUCACACCAAAGUCCAAAGCUCCCGCUCGCAUACUUGGUCUGAAGGGCUGUCUUGCCAGUAACAUGUUGCAGCCACCAGUUUUCGAUCCUCUGGUAGACAUGGAUCCCAGGCUUGUUGUCGCUCUAUUUGAUUUGCCUAGGGAUGCCGACAUUAGCGCAUUGGUUCUGAGGUUUGGUGGUGAAUGUGAGCUGGUCUGGCUGAAUGACAAGAAUGCUUUGGCUGUUUUUAGUGAUCCUGCCCGAGCAGCAACUGCCAUGAGAAGAUUGGAUCAAGGUUCAUUGUAUUAUGGUGCUGUUGUAGUUCCUCACCAUGGUGGAGCAUCAGCUACAGCCGUAGCAGCUGCAGCUGCAGCCAAUGCUUGGGGAGCAACGGGACCAUCCAAGGAUGGUGGUGCAGUUACAGCUCUCAAGACGAAUCCUUGGAAGAAAGCUGUAAUGCAGGAACCUGAUGGGAGGGAGAGUUCAUGGGGUGCUGAGGACUGGUCAGAUAAUUCUGUUGAUGUGCACUCAUCCAUUCGGAAGGGAAAUGAAGUUCCGAUAUCUGCCACAAACAGAUGGAGUGUUCUAGAUUCUGAAAAUAGUUCGUCUACAUCAUCUGGCAGGAAUGACGAUUCUAGGAACAAGCCAGGAACUCCUCUAGUUUCCAGUGUUAAGCCGAGUUCAAGUAGUUCAGUUCUGCCUGGACAACCACAAGGAGCAGGGAUCAAUGAGAUAUCUGAUGUAGUGGACGAUUGGGAGAAGGCAUACGAUUGAGAAAGACCUUUAAUUCAUCAACUCUUCAAGCAUUCAGAAAGCAGCAAGAGUCAUAUAGUCGCUCCUGUAUAUUCUUUUUUUCAUUUGUUUUGUUUUGAAAUGCAAUUUUGGUGGUUGUGUUUUAUUUUGCUUGUUUAAUACACAACCUAUAUAUGUAUAAUCCCUUUCUCCUCCUUCUUAAGAAUGCCCAGAAAAAAUGGGAAUGUAAAAAUCACAGAAGGAAGCAUCUGCUUUGGUGGAAUGCUGCUUGUGGGAAUGCUCAUAGAAGUGCAUUCUAAAUGAAUGACUUAGUUGUCAAAUA